AUGCAUACAAGUCGCACCCAAAAGAAGGCCACGGCCUGCUACUAUUGGUACAAUGGUAGGUGUAAAUAUACAGCGGAUGCUUGCAUGUAUGCGCAUCGCCAUACCGGCCAGGUUGCGAAGAGGCCACCGUCGACUACUAAGUUAGGCCAGACUCUUACUGCCAUCACAGAAUCCAAGCCAGACCAGCGGGAUAAUAGGGACCUAAUCUCAUUGGUGGGUAACGACGAUAUAAUAGAGGAUACGAUUUCAAGUGCCGCUGCGACAGAGAAUUCAUCAUGCACAAUCGUUUUACAAACUCCAGCCGAAGCAUCUGAAUGUCUUACCCUGGCCGAGGCCGUUAUCAAAGCUCUGCAAUCUAAUACGGACUCCAGCGGUAUUAAGGCCAUGCUUGCUACGAAUCCCCCUGAGCGUGUGCUAAAAGCACUCAACAAAGGCAUUGAUGGGUUUUCCGCUAUUUUUGAAGCAGUCAAACGGAACGACGCAGAUAUUAUAGAACUACUCGUUGAAAAUGGGGCCAACCCAAAUGCAACAGAGCAUAAUUCCGAUAUCCCGCUUCUUGCAUUUGCAAUUUUGCGAGAUACUCGCUGGUACAAUAGAUUACACCGUGCUUCACUCCUAAAGCGACUGGAUUUUGGUGUAAGAUACCAUCUCCUAGCUUCGAGCAAAUUAGAGGCUCCAACCAAGAAUGAACGACGGAAUGCCGAAAGAUUAGGCAUCAAAUCUCUCCUCCAGUUACCUUAUUUCUCUGUCGGACAAAGACUUGCUAUAAAACGUGUCACGGAAUAUGUCCAAUCUCAUCUUUUGCUUCCCAGCAGUAACCAGCCAUUAAUGCUGGCAUUUGUUGGUCCUCCAGGCCAUGGCCAGCUGAAGCUCGCCGCCAGCGUUGGCAAAAUAGUACCUUUUAACUCAAUCGUUGCGCGCACGAAAAAGAUGAACAAUUAUUCUGCCAAUGAGCAGAUACCGGAUAAAGAAAUCUCCACCAACAAACCUAGCAGAUUAGAGGUGGUUUAUAUCGAUGACAUCGACAAAAUUGGUCGGUUGAAUCUAAUUACCCUCCUAAAUGGUCCUACACAAGCUAGCUCGAACACUAUCUGUAUUCUUUCUGUAACUGACGGUGAGAGCACAAUUCUCGACUUUUACGAAACAUACCUCGGAAACGCCCCCAAGGACGAAUUACUCUCCGCCCCUUGGGACGAACUGGAUAAAGCGUUGAAGAAGGACCUCUUAAAAAGCUAUGGGUCCUCCCUAACCAGUCAUAUUGAUGCCAUAAUCCCGUUCUUCCCCUACUCCGAUUCCGAAGCCGAGGCUCUAGCAUAUAAAUACAUCAACGAUCUACGUUCGCGUCUAGCUAAUGCCGACGUAGGCGACAAUGCCUAUGCUGCAAAACCUGCAACUGCAAACGCAUCCACAUUCUUAAGCGCUAUUCAUCUCGAUCUUGAAGGAGACGACAGGGCGAUCUGUGAGCAUAUUGCGAAGAAGAGCUAUGACAUGAGUCUCGGGGAACGGUCUAUUCAGCAGGGGGUUAUCAGGGAAAUCCAGCUCCCGAUUAUCGAGCAGUGGAUAAAGAAGAUUCCUGAGGCUGAGGAGAGCUUCCGGGGAUAUGGACAGGCACCGUGGUGUUCCGGGUUGGGCUUGGGGAGCCCCCAUUCCUCUACCUCCAUGUCUACAUCUGGUGGUGCACAUGCCCUAUCUGCUCAGGGGGUCACAAAAGCUGCUGUUAAGUUGGUGGCGAACGAGCACCCCGAUGUGAUGUUUUGGAAGAGAGUAGCUGGUUGGAGCGGACGGGGAAGAUGGGUACUGCGGUAG